AUGGGUAUGGUUUCUGCCAUCUUCCUGGUGCUCAUCACCAUCCUUUUGCCACCUAUCGGUGUCUAUGCAGUCGCAGGAUGCGGUGCAGACCUCUUUAUCAACAUUUGCUUGACGCUACUUGGAUACAUACCUGGCCACAUUCACGCUUUCUAUCUCGAGUACGUCUACUACGAUCGAAAGGAGCAGGCUCGUGAAGGUCGAUUCACUGCUGCGCGAGCUCCAGGUGUCUACAGCGAGCGCGUACAGAGUGGUGGACAAGGUUACGGCACCAUUGUUCAACCUGUCAACUAA